AUGAAGCUCGAUCCUAAGAAAAUAGCUUUUGGAGGGGGGGCUUUGUUCUGCUUUUGUGUUGGUUUUGGGUAUUAUGGGUUCGAUAAAGUUUUGAAAUUUGGAGUUAGAGAUCAAACAGCUUUGCGAAAAAGAAAUGAAGUAAGAGAUGUCUACACAAAAUUACCUUUUCCAUUGGACUUUAGAGUAAAUUUUUUUAACAUAAGUAAUCCGGCCGACGUUAUGAAAGGAGCGAAACCUAUGUUAAAGGAAGUUGGACCAUACUGCUAUGAGUAA